GAGCCGCGGAAGAACCCGCCAGGGGAGCGGAGUCUCACUCCUCCGAGGCGGCCGAGGCCUGGGUUGCCUUCCGACGCAGCGGCGCGCAGGCCUGGCAGGCCCACAAGGCAGUGGAGUCUGCUUCGCGGGCUGCCCAGCCCGCGGAGCAGACAGGACAGGACAGCCAGGAGGCAGACGAGGGCGCAGAGAGCGCAGGGACGGAGGGCGCAAGCGAGGAGGCAGACGAGGCCGACACGAACAGGGCCGAGGACGCAGGCCGAGGAGGACAGGAGGGCGAGGCCGACACGAGCAGGGAGAGCGACGCCGAGGACGCAGACGAAGGAGGACCCCUGGCGCGCUGCCCGCCCCAGCUUGGGGCCGAGGCAGAGGAGCUCGAGGCCUCGGAGGAGAGGGCCGCCGAGCUGCCUGGCCACGACAAGGAGGCAGGCGAGGCAGCGACGGCAGGGCGAGGCGAGGGACCAGGCGGGGCCUUCCUGGUGGAGAGCAGCGACGACAAGGACGCGCCUGCUCAGCAGGGGGUCGCGAACCUGCCUGGCACGCUGGGGUCGGCCGCCGCCGCCGCCACGGAGGCAGCAGAGGCAGAGGCGCAGCGCGCGCAGGACCAGCUGCGACGGAUGCUGGGGCCAGGCGACGGCUUCAAGCAGACCUGCGCGCCGCUCUUGCUGGCUGGCGGCGCGCGCGGACCCAAGCCGAAGUCCGCCAGAGAGCUGGGGCGCGCGAGGGCCCAGAAGCGAAUGGCUCUCUCGUUGCAGGCUACCGAGAGAAGAGCCAAGGCGGCACGCGACAGCGAGCAGGGGGCGCUGCCACCUGCGAGCGGCGGCGCCCUGACGCUCUCGCCUCUGCAGCGGCCGCGAGAGCCUGCCACGCCCGGCCCGAGCGAGCCUGCCACGCCCGCCAGCAGGCUGAAACCUUCCCAGGCGCCUGGCGCGCUGGCUGCGCUGGACGACGCGGCCGCCAGAGGGGGCGAGGAAGGAGCCCUCGCCUUGCUCCCGGAGAGGGGGGGGCCGCCAGGCAGGGGAGCGAUCCCGCCUGGCGUGGCGGGCAAGAAUGCCCCGAGGAAGGUCGUCGAGGCCAGGAAAGCCGGCGGCGUGGCGAACCUGGAACCACCGACGCCGGCCAGGAAGCUCGAGAUGAAGAGACUGGCCGACGAGCUCGCGCAGCAGGCGCUCGCUGGAGCGAGGCCUGCCCGUUUCCGGGAGAGGCUGACUGCAGAAACAGGCUACGCCCAGACGGCGUUGAAGCGCUACCUGAGCGACGACGAGCAGAGGAGAGCAAAGGCUUGGACUGGACGAGCCGCAGAGCAGGCGAGCAGGCGAAGGAGCGCCGCGGCAACGCCUGGCUGGUCCCGCUUUCAGUCCAAGGACAGGGGUGUCCGGAUGGGCAAGGAGGGGUGCAGGAAGAGAACCAAGUCUGCGGACUGGCCUGAACAGGAAGAGGCCGUCAGCCAGUGGGCCAGGAGUUUGCUGAUGCUGGGGGUCUCCCUGUCUGACUUCGACCUGCUCGACGAGUUCACGCUGCUCCUUGAGGAGGAAGCUUGGGACCUGCAGGCCAGGGCCGCCGAGGGGGCAGAGCUGGCGCAGGCCGAGCAGGACAGGCUCGCCGCACUGACUGCGCACCUAGCGGAACUCGCCGAGAAGAAGGGCACCAGGAGGUACAGGAGGCAGAAGCUGUGCUUCCACUCGCAGCUGCACCUCCGCACGCCCAGCAACGUCCUGCCCAUGCUCCCUGCAGGGGCAAACCUGGCCUGCCUGCUCUCCUUGCAGAGCUGGGACUUCCUCCUGGGCGUCGCGAACUCCAGGGACGUGAAGCAGCUGUCUGCCUUUGUGGACCAGCCCGAGCUCUUCGACAGGGGGAGGUCAGACAUCGCCUGCCUCUUCUGGGACGCUGUGCCCGUCUACCUCGACUUCUCCGUCGGCAAGGCCCCGGUGCCUGCUGAGAAGCUGGGCGAGCGCAGGCAGGCGACCCUGAAGCACAAGGCGGGAGAGAAAGGCGCCGGCGCUCUCUGCACCGACUGGCAGGACGCCUGUGACGCACUCGGCAGCACGAGGAAGGACAGGGCGAGAUUGACCUGGAUCUGCAGGCAGCAGCUCGACGGCCUUUUCAACCUCGAGGCAGGCCAGCUCCCUCAAGGGCGCAUCCUGCCUAGCAUCCUGCUCGUGCCUGCGACGCAGCCAGCCAGGCUGGAGAAUAUAUGCGCAGACGGGCGCUGGCUGCAGGGCGAGGAGUUCUUCUUCAAGGGGGUGCGGGUCCAGAGGAAGGCAGGGCAGCGCACGAAGCUGGGCUCUGGCUGGGUGGCACUUCGGACGGCGCACCCGGCGUACUUCGACACCGACAAGGUCCUGAUCUGGCUGCGCCCGGAGGCCGCGCAGGACGAGCUGAUCUGCUGCUGGCUCGCCGACCUG